ACGUGGGCGCAGAGAUCUGCGAUAGACGCCAGUGCUCGGGGCGGAGUGGAAGUGCGGCAGGCGUGAGUUGGGCACUGGCAGGCGACAAGCAGACACGCCUCCAAGGUGACAAUCUGUCGCUCGCCGUCUUCUGUCGUAGACGGCCGUUUCAAUGGCUCUCUUCUCUAUAAAUUUCGCCCGUGUGGUCGCCCAGGAUCCCCCGUAACCUGGACACCCACCAGCACAGCGAUUGAGCCGUCGCGCUUCGUGUGCAAUCGCAACCGUACUAUUGACUCAGCUCGUGCAUAUCUUGCCGUGAGCUGACGUGUGCUUGAGGCUAUAUAGUCCGGCCUGCCUCCGCUCAUCCCCUCAACUCAAGCCUCAGCUCGCUGCAUACGAAAUGUCUACUAUCAUCUUUUCGAAAGACGUGGCAUACCCUGUGACUGCAAUCGUCUCGCUCUUCUGGUUGAAUGUCUUCCAGACUGUCAAAGUAGGCCAAGCGCGAAAGCGAGCCAAGAUCCCUUACCCUCAGCUGUACGCGGAAAAGGCUGAGGCGGCGGCAUCGAAAGACGCCACCAUCUUCAACUGCACACAACGCGCCCACCAAAAUACCUUGGAGUAUCUACCCACCAUCAUCACCGGGACGCUGGUUACCUCCUUGAGGCACCCGGUUCUCGCGGCUGCAGCGUGUGGAAUAUGGGCGGCGAGCCGCUUUGUGUACACGAUUGGCUACAGCACUGGUGACGCUGAGAAGCGCAACAAGUUCGGCAGUGCGUUCGUGAGUGGCGCAGGCUGGUUCACUAUCGUCGGUGCUUCAACCUGGACAGCCAUUGAGCUGCUCCGCGCGCUUUGACGAUAUUGGGAUGUGUAAAGUUGCGUAGUAGUGCAGUUUGGGUGCAGUGUAGUAGUCGUACAGUCUGCAUAAUUCGUGUUUGUGAGCCGUUGGACGCCCAAAGCGGCACUGGCAGGUGGCCGAGUCGCGCUUGCCCGGUUCGGACUGG